AUGUUCACACCCGUUGCUUGGCUGGCCUUUGGGCUAGCAGCAUCUUCCAAAUUGGCAGCUGCCCAGCAGGCAGGUUCCUUCGCUCAGGUCGGCAAUACACAAGUUAGCGCCAUGAUGAUGUUCCUUGGCAACGAGGAGAAGGUUUACAUUCUCGACAAAACGGAGGGCAAUGCUGCUCAGAUAGAUGGCCACCCUGCUUGGGGUGUUGCAUGGGAUGUCAAUACUCACUCGACCGAGCUGAUGGAGGUUUUGACCAAUACCUUCUGCGCUUCUGGUAUGCAUCUACCAAACGGCUCGUACGUGACGUUUGGUGGCAAUAGUGCCAUUGGCCCCCUUGGUGCCACUGGCAGUGUUGGUUCAGGCUCAUAUGAUACGACCUAUCAAGAUUACGACGGAAGAAAGUCUAUCCGUAUCCUUAAUCCUUGCACCAGUGCCCAAGACAUGUCGAGUCCUCAAUGCCAAUGGUACGACAACGCCACCGUCCUGGCUAUGCAGAAAAUGCGGUGGUACUCCGCCGCUGAGGCUCUUGGUGACGGUUCUAUUGCAAUAAUCGGCGGUUUUGUCAGUGGUGGUUACAUCAACCGAAAUACCCCUAAUACGGACCCAGAAUACGAAGGUGGUGCUGCUGAACCAACAUAUGAGUUCUACCCUUCCAAGGGAGCUGCUACUGUCAUGAAUUUCAUGAUCACCACUUCGGGUCUUAACUCAUAUGCACAUACCUAUCUCAUGCCUUCCGGUAACAUGCUGAUCCAGGCCAAUAUUUCUACUAUCCUCUGGAAUCCUGAAACCAACGUCGAAACACCUCUUCCAAACAUGCCAGGUGGCGUCGCUCGUGUAUACCCUGCUUCUGGCGCCGUUGCCAUGCUACCACUCACUCCCGCCAACAACUAUACUCCCACUGUCAUAUUUUGUGGUGGUACUGACAUGCCUGACGAGUAUUGGGGUAACUAUUCAUUCCCUAACUACAACACCUGGACCUACCCUGCUUCGAAGGACUGUCAGCGCAUCACUCCAGAACCCACAGAUGGCUCUUCUCCUGUUUAUGUCUCAGAUGAUGACAUGCUCGAGGGUCGUACUAUGGGUCAGUUUAUCAUCCUUCCAGAUGGUACUCUCUUGGUUGUCAAUGGUGCCUUGAAUGGUACUGCUGGCUACGCUCAGGCUACUGGCCAGACACCUCUUUAUGGCCUCAUGCCCUACGGCGAGUCGUUGGCCUCUGGCCCUGUCGGCACUCCUGCCAUCUACAACCCCAACAUGCCCGCAGGUAAACGCUGGUCGAACGCCGGGCUGAGUAAUACGAACAUUGCACGUCUGUACCACUCCAGUGCCUUACUCAUGCCUGACGCCUCCGUGAUGAUCGCCGGAUCCAACCCCAACAUAGAUGUCAACCUCACCACCGUUUUCCCCACAACCUACACAGCGGAGAUUUUCUAUCCGCCCUACUUUAGCGCCAGUACACGCCCAACUUUCUCUGGCGCACCGCAAACACUCUCAUAUGGUGGUAGUUCCUUUGACCUCACCGUCCCUUCGAACGCAUACAGUGGCUCGGGCAACGCUGCUGCUGCAAACACCACCGUCGUUCUGAUGCGUGGCGGUUUCACUACCCAUGCCAUGAACAUGGGUCAAAGAUAUCUGCAGCUCAACAACACGUACACCGUCAAUAGCAACAAUUCAAUCACCCUUCACGUAGCUCAAGUUCCCCCGAACCCUAAUAUCUUCACACCUGGGCCAGCACUCAUGUUCGUUGUGAUCAAUGGUAUUCCGAGCAACGGGACGAUGGUUAUUGUCGGGAACGGUCAAAUCGGGACGCAACCCACACAAGCCGCUAGCGUUCUCCCUGCUUCCGCUCAGAAUCCGUCUGCCUCAGGCUCCGGCUCCGGCUCAGGUAGCAGCACUUCAAACAGUGCAUCGGGGAGCAGUCACACGGGUGCUAUUGUGGGAGCUGUUAUUGGAGCGAUUGCUGUUAUUGGUAUUCUCGGUGCGCUCUUUGGUAUUUUUGUGGCUCGCCGUCGGCGCGCCACCAGUCGCCAGCACCCUGCGGCCGCGUACGCCAUGAGAGCCACAGGCGAUGCGUAUGGUGGUGGCGCGUCCCGCGGAAGAGCCACGGAUGAUCGAGCACGUCAUUCUGACUCGAGUGCAUUUGUGCCGUUGCAACAGGAUAAUUCCAGCCAGUCGUGGAAUGCGAGUAGCGCGAAUCUGCAUUCGCCAUAUCGGGAUGCGUAUGGGAGAGAGGGAGCAGAUUUCGAUCCUUAUAAUUCAGACGGGGCGGUGCAGCAUAGCAGUGGACAGCGGAUAUGA